AUGACCUCGACUGUUGCAUUCACAGCUGAUUCUGAGGUAUCAGCAGCCUCGAGAUGGAGGCAAUACCUCGUCCUCGCGCUUGCAACUUACCUGGUCUUCAAAGUCUUGAUCCAUCCAUUCAUUCUCUCGCCGGUUCGUCAUAUUCCUGGACCCUGGUAUUGUCGCAUUUCUCGAUUGCCGUUGCAAUACGCGACUUAUCAACGCCGCAGAACAGCCUUUGUCACUGGACUGCUCGAUACCUAUGGACCUAUUGUUGUUAUUGCGCCAGACCAGGUCCAUACGACGGACGAUACGGCCAUGAAGACCAUAUACGACAAGACCUCCAUCAAGACUAGCUUCUACGCCUCCAUGGGCAGCUGGAAGGGCGUCACCUCGACUCUCGGAUUUUUGACCUACCCAGAAGCGGCACCAUCACGCAACAAUCUUGUGCAAUGCUUUCAAAACCGCAAUCUGGCGGCACUGAUUGACAAUAUCGAAUCACACGUGGAUGACUUCAUCCGUAUCUUAGAUCAGCGCGCACAGGCUAACGAAGCCGUAGACGGAGUGAAGAACCGUCUCUUGGCCAACGUGAACGAAGAAGCCGCUCGAGACUUCAUUCGCCGCUUCCAUGCUUUCAGUACAUGGAACGCAAUGAAAAGCUUCAUACCUGGCGCCGACCUUUUGGUCCGUCUGGUCGGCAGUCAGCGCUGGAAGAGGUUGCGUGCAGACUGCAACGACCUCGAUAUCACGGCUCGCGAGGCCCUGGAAAGGUGGCAGACCGCAGACGCCGAUGCAGACCGCCAUGACAAGGAUGUGUUGUCGAUGCUCCAGUCCAUGAACACUUCCAAGGCAUCGGCAGUCCCUCCCGAAGAUGUAUCUGCGUACAUGGUGGAAAUGCUCGCAGCAGGGUCGUCAACCACUUCUCAUACGGCUGCGUUUGCCAGCUUUCUCCUGACCAGGCAUCCCGAUGCCCAGCGGCGGCUCAGAGAAGAACUCGCCGCUGCGUUUCCCUUGCAGGAUGAGAUGGACAUUCGAAAAACGGUGGACCUGCCGUUUCUAGAUGGCGUCCUUAGAGAGACAAUGCGUAUGUAUCCGAUGAUUCCUGGCCCGUUGGAGCGGUAUACUGGCAGCGAUAUGACCAUGAGUGGUUACAAUGUUUGCAAAGGUGUCAUUGCUUCCAAUGCAGCCUUCAAUCAAGGACGUCUUCCUCAUGUCUUCCCUGAGCCAGAUUCCUGGAAGCCAGAAAGGUGGAUCGAGGCUACCGAGGAGAUGAAGCUGAACUGGAUUCCAUUCGGGCACGGUUCGAGGGCGUGUCCCGGAUCGAACCUUGCCAUGACAGAGCUGAAGUACAUGAUUGGGAAGAUCUUCCGAAAAUUUCAGGCAGUCAUACCUCCUGGACAUGAAGACGACGUACUGGAAAUGGCCGAUGUCUUUGCGGCUGGAUCGAACUGGGAGGCGCCAACUCAACCAUCUGGCUUCCAGCUCACUGGUGCAGACACCAAGAGUGCUGCCGCUUGGGCAAAGGAUGACCAACUGCCGGGACUGAUACUGUAG